AAAGUUAAAACAUAUUAUUCCCUAACAAAUUAAUUCAAUUUUGUGGAAAAAGUCGAAGAAAAUGGGCUUGAAUAUUAUCAGAACAACCACACCUUUCGCUUCAUCCGUCACCACCUCCACCACUAAAUUACUGAUUCCCAAGUUUCAUUCCGAAAACUAUACUUCUUUCCUUAAUAAUCCCGCAAAUUAUUCCAUUCCCAUUUGCUUAAACACAUCAAAGUUUAGAUCUUUGGUAUCAAAACCCAGAAUUUACCCUAUUUUUUCAACUGAGUUUGGUGGGAAAUUGAAUCAGAAAAGCUUGAGGUUUUCAACAAUGGCUGCAGCUCCCGGUUCAGUGCAAAAACCAGAGGAGGAAUGGCGCGCUAUUCUCUCUCCUGAGCAGUUUCGUAUUCUCAGAGGGAAAGGAACUGAAUACCCUGGAACAGGGGAAUACAACAAAGUGUUUGAGGAAGGAAUCUACAGCUGUGCAGGAUGUGGAACUCCUCUCUAUAAAUCAACAACCAAAUUUGACUCUGGUUGUGGUUGGCCAGCUUUCUAUGAGGGACUUCCUGGAGCCAUAAAUCGCACUGCUGACCCUGAUGGUAGAAGGGUUGAGAUUACAUGUGCAGCAUGCGGCGGACAUCUUGGUCAUGUCUUUAAAGGUGAAAAAUUUCCGACACCCACAGAUGAGCGUCACUGUGUUAACAGCGUCUCGCUCAAGUUUGCUCCAGCAAAUUCUGAUGCUCCUCAAUGAUUGACUGAUAUGUCCUUUUAUCAGGUCUUUAAUAAAUGUACUUUUUAGUAUUCCGUAUUGUCCUUUGAUUUUGCCAUGAAUCAUUGUGUUGAUGAAGCUGGCUCAUAUUAUGUAUAUUCUGGUUUCCCAACUUCAUGUGACCCAGUGAAUGGUUAACGACAUCGAUUUUGUUAUGUGGUAUGAUCUCUGUGUGAAUCACUCUGACUUUGAGGAUGACUGUUACUUAUGUGUGAUCACACUCCAAUUAGUAACCAGUUCUUUUUUGGGUUAA